AUGGCUGGGGAGGACAUUGCCGUGGAGGAAAUCACCCCAGAUCAAGGCUGGCAGACUGCCACGUCUCUACGCGCCGCAACCAAACAUGCACGCAAGAAAGCGCUCCUCCUCCACUACGUCGGCGAGGAAGUCUACGACAUAUUUCGCUCCCUCCCCGACUGCCCUACACAAGCUACAACAGCUACAAGCACGACCCAGACCACGCAGAGCCCAUCGACGCCAGAAUACGAUGCCGCACGAGCGAAACUGAGUGCAUACUUCGCCCCGCGAGUGAACUCGACAUUUGCGAUCUACAAAUUUCGCCAAGCCCAGCAAAACGUUGGUGAGCCACUGGACGCCUUCUACGCGCGCCUCCGGCAGCUCUCUCGCCACUGUAACUUCGAGAACGUCGACGCUGAAGUCCAGAACCAAAUAAUCCUCGCCACAACGUCGUCUCGCCUUCGCAAAUACGCAAUGCUUCAUUCCCUCACUUUACCAGACUUACUUAAACAAGGAAGAAUGCUCGAGGAUGUCGAACGGGACGUAUCCGAAAUCGAAAAGAACGUCGAUAACAAUGCGGCGGUGCUCGCAGUGCGCAAGGAAGGACAGCACCAUGGCCAACACCAAAGAAACAGCCGACAGAUGCCACGACAAACCUAUGCACCGCAACGACCUCGUGUCUCAUCAGCAGAUUGUCGCAACUGCGGUGGCAAGUGGCCUCACCAAGGCGGACGAUCAAGUUCUGCUGCAUGGGGCAAGACAUGCAGGGCAUGUAACAAGGUUGGUCACUUUGCACGAUUCUGUCGUUCAACGAGACAAAUGGUACAAGCAGUGGACUGUGACAAUGGUCCAAACAUGAAUCAGACAGUCUGCAGUAAGAAGAGUUCUAGUGCCAAAGAAUGUGCUGCCACCCGUGACACCAGUUCAAGCAGUGACGAGUAUGUUUUCGUUGCCAUGACCUCACCUCAGACAGGCCCAUCUCCAAAAGUUAUUGUCACUGUCAACAAUGUGCCGGUCACUUUCAUAAUCGACACAGGUGCAACAGUGUCAAUUGUUGGCGAAAAUGACUUUGAGAGCUAUCGGCUAAAGGUGAAACUUCAGGAAACAUCCGUCAGAGUGUUCCCAUACAAAGCAACAUCUCCGCUUGAACUUCUAGGCAAAGUCUCCGUCACAAUGAGACACAAAGAUAACUGCAUUGAAGAAAUCUUUGUCAUUCGAGGAAACUGUGCACCACUCUUAAGCUUCACAGCAGCAUCCAACCUGGGGCUUGUCCAGAUCACAUACCAAUUGUUUAGUGGAGUUGGAAAACUCAAAAACCACCACAUUCAUCUUUUUGUGGACGACACUGUCCCACCGGUUGCACAACCACACAGGCGUAUUCCGUUUGCCUUACGUGACGCCACAGAGAAAGAACUUGAACGCCUCCUGUCAGAAGACAUCAUUGAGCCAGCCAUAGGACCUACACCGCGGGUGUCCCCUGUGGUUAUUGUGCCUAAACCGCAUCAGCCUGAUGAAAUUCGAAUCUGCAUUGACAUGCGUGUUGUGAACACUGCCAUUCAACGGGAACGACAUUUGUGCCCAACAGUGGAUGGCAUCAUUGUUGCCUUAAAUGGAGCAACAAUGUUCUCCAAUCUUGACUUAAAGAAUGGAUAUCAUCAGUUGGAACUUGACCCUUCCUCAAGGCAACUCACCACGUUCUCAACACAUGUUGGCUUGUUUCGCUACAAACGACUGAACUUCGGCAUCAGCAGUGCAGCUGAAAAUUUUCAGAACACCAUACGCCAAGUGCUCAAUGGCAUCCCCAAUGUCCUGAAUGUUAGUGAUGAUAUUCUUGUUUUUGGGCAAACAAAACAGGAGCACGACUUGUCCUUGGAAGCCGUUCUGCAGCGACUCCAAGAAGCUGGAUUGACACUGAAUGAAAAGAAGUGUCACUUUCAUCAACGUGAACUGAACUUAUUUGGACUUCAUUUUUCAGCUGAUGGCGUUCGUCCUGAUCCUAAGAAGGUAGCAGCCUUCCUACAGAUUAAAACACCGGAAUCACCACAAGAAGUGAAGAGCCUGCUAGGAAUGAUAAACUAUUCAGGCAGAUUUCUGAAAAAUCUUGCUGACCUCACACAGCCUUUACGUGAACUGACACUGAAGGAUGUUGUCUGGGAGUGGACAAAACGACAGCAAAAUGCUCUUGAGAGCUUAAAGCAAGCCAUGUCCGAUGCCUCCACCCUUGCUUACUUUGACCCAUCCAAACCGACAGAAUUGGUGGUAGAUGCAAGUCCACAUGGACUGGGUGCUAUCCUUACACAGCGUGACAGUGAAAACAUUGCAGUGAUAGCUUAUGCAAGUAGAGCGCUUACACCACUUGAAAGUCGCUACUCCCAAAUUGAACGUGAGAUGCUCGCAGCUGUAUGGGCCAUGGAGCACUUCCGUCUUUACCUUUGUGGAGUCAACUUCCUUUUGCUGACUGAUCACAAGCCUUUAGUGAGCAUACUGGGAAACCCAAGAUCAUCACCAUCUGCCCGCAUUGAGCGCCUUGCUCUACGCAUUCAACAGUACAAGUUUGUUGUACAACACACUGCAGGAAGUAGUAACCCUUCCGAUUACCUUUCCAGGCAUCCAGUUUCUGAAACGAAAAUGUGUGCCCGCAUCGACAAAGUACCUAAUGAGUAUGUCAACUUUAUCCAGCGCCACAACAUCCCAAAGGCCUUCUCGGUUCAAGAAGUCGCUGAUGCAACGGCGUGUCGUUAUGUCGUCGAGCAAAUACCCAUUAACGCUAGUCACUACACUUGCGAGUCGCGAAGGGCAUGCGACUGCAGGCGGCAACUCGGUAACACCGACGCUCACACUUGCAAGGGUGACCUCGGCGACCGGGGUCGCCUUCUCGUUCAAAAUGAAAACUCUCGGAAAUGA